CAGCCAUCUCCAACAAAUUCUCAUCUCCCGGCACGUUCUGCGUAUAGCGCGAGUUGAAGCGGAUCAAGCGCUUGACCUGAUUGUUGUGCUGCACAGCCAAGGACAAGGGCUCCGCACUGACAAAGCUGAUGCCGCUUUCUCCUCCUGCAUUCUGCUGCCUGGUUAUGUUCGAACUGACAUGCUGCCAGCAUGGUAGGUUGUGUCAAGACCCGAGCCUUGGGCAGCUGAAUGAGAUGCAGGUCAGUUUCUUGGCACUGCCUUGUUCAUUCUCAUAUCUUCAGCGAACCUUAUCAAGAAUCUGUAUGACAAUAGUUCUAGGUGGAAAUCUCGGAUGCAGGACAAAGUUAUUUGUGUCGGUCAACGGUCACUGACCGAUUGUCCAGUUAUAUACGUAAGAACUGCUGAAGAACAACCCAAUUUAAGACGGAAGGAGCCGUA